AUGUUGCAUUGUAUCCGAUGCGGUAACAAAGGGUUUAUAAAGCGCCCCAAAACGGGUGAUAUUUUAUGCCGCGAUUGCUUUCUCUGGUGUUUUGAAGAGGAUAUACACUGGACCAUCAAGACAGCAAACCUCUUAAAGAGAGGCGAUAAAGUAGCUAUCGGUGCUUCUGGUGGAAAAGGUACCACAGGCCUCAUUUUGAUCACCUCCUUAGAUUCCACCGUCCUAGCAUACGUAAUGAAACUUUUAAAUGAACGACAUGACUAUGGAGUCGAACUGGUUCUGCUAUCCAUUGACGAGGGUAUUCAAGGCUAUCGAGAUGACUCUCUCGAAACUGUAAAAAGAAACAAAAUCCAGUACGCCCUCCCCCUAGAGAUCCUCUCAUACAAGACCCUCUACGGAUGGUCGAUGGAUGAAAUCGUGAAGAAAACCGGCUUGAGAAACAAUUGCACAUUUUGUGGUGUCUUUCGACGGCAGGCACUCGAUCGGGGCGCCAUGUUAAUAAAAGCCAAUAAAAUCUGCACCGGACACAAUGCUGACGAUAUCGCUGAGACGGUGAUCAUGAACAGUAAGACCGAGUACUGUCGUUUUUCUACAAUCCUUAUUUAG